AUGGUUGUGGACUUCGCCGACUACCAACUCGCAAAGUCCUACCGACCUGUUGCGCUGCUUAACACCCUUGGCAAAUUCCUGGAAGCAGUGGUCGCACGACGAAUCAGCUACGCCGUGGAAACCGAAGGAUUGCUCCCAAAAACCCAUCUUGGUGGUCGACGGGGCAUCUCCACGGACCACGCUAUUCAAAAUAUGAAGGACCGAAUCAAAAUAGCAUGGGGAAAAGGCAAACCGGUUGUGUCGCUGCUGAUGCUGGAUGUAUCAGGAGCAUACGAUAAUGUCUCCCACGACCGCCUACUCCACAAUCUCAGAAAGCGGCGACUGGGUCAACUUGCCCCCUGUGUAAAAGCCUUCCUGUCUAAUCGGAGCACGAGAAUUCGUAUGCCCGAGGGCAUGUCCAACCGAAUUCCGACACCAACGGGCAUCCCUCAAUGGUCGCCGAUUUCCCCGAUCCUCUACCUCCUUUACAAUGCAGACCUCAUUCAGAACUGCGGGAACGGCGUGACUAGCAACGGCUGGGUGGAUGAUGUCUGCUUCAUGGCCAAGGGAGACAGCGAGCGCGAAACUACCAAGAAACUCAGAAUGGCAUAUCGAAAAGCCGAUCAAUGGGCCAGUACACAUGCUUCAGUCUUUGACCCAAAGAAGUACGCACUCGUGCACUUCGUGAACAACCGUGAGAUCGACCCGCAAUACAUGCCACUAUCUCUACAGGGGCAUACAGUAGCAGCGACGAGAACAGCCGAGCGCUAUCUCGGCUACUGGCUAGACCCCCGACUGGAAUUCCAUCACCACCGCGAAAAGGCAGUUGCGAAGGGAGGCGUGUCUCUCCAAGCGUUACGAAGUUUGGCAGGUCCAACAUGGGGGGCCUCCAUUUCUGCUAUGCGCAGGAUCUAUCAAGCUGUUGUUAUCCCACAGAUGCUCUUUGGAGUGUCAGCAUGGUAUCAGCCUUUGCUCAUCAGCAAAACGAAGGCUCGCACAAUUAGCCAACCGUUCGUGGGCAUCCAGAAGAGGGCCGCGUGUUUGAUCAGUGGAGCAUUCAGAACGACGGCAGCCGAAGCGUUGAACACAGAACUGCACCUACCACCAAUCGCGAUCAACAUGGAUCGGCUCGUGAAAGAAACGGCCCUACGACUACGAACAGGACCAGCGCGCAAGCUUGGACAACGGGCGGAUGCCUCACGGCUCCCCCGGACACUUUUGCCGAGGGAAUGGGAGAGCCGGAAGGCAUUCGUCCAGGCACCAUGGCAAGCGCCACCAGAGGUGAUCAUCGAAGACAGAGAGGUCGCCGUGGAACGUCAUAAUCAGGUCCUGAUGAAAGACUCAAGAGAAAAACCCCUGAUUUUCUACACCGACGGGAGCGGAAUUGAAGGUAGGAUCGGAGCAGCAGCGAUCGUUGAUCUCGAGGAUCAACAUGUUCAUAGCCAGAUGGGAGAUGAUGGUACGUCCACCGUGUAUGCAGCGGAACUUCGAGCCAUUGAGAUGGCACUUGCGAUGGCCCUGGAAAACACAGAACCAUGGGCUGGGCAGAUGAAGAAUGGGGUCGUAAUUUUCGCAGAUAGCCAAGCGGCGCUGAAGGCGCUCAGUCGACCGCGGAUGCCGUCGGGACAGAUUUAUCUCUCAGGAUCUCUAGACCUCAUCCGCCAACUCGUUGAAAAAGGCAUUCGCACAGAGCUCAGAUGGAUUCCUGUCCAUCAAGGAGUCAUUGGCAAUGAGAUCGUGGACCGACACGCAAAAGAAGCCGCCCAGGAACGUGAUGGACCACAGAACCCCGACAAUCGUUAUAUCCGUCUCGCAGCCGCAGCCAAGCGCCAAAUACGCAGUGAAGCAAAAAUCGAAUGGGGAAGAACGUGGGCGAAGGAGACAACCAGUCGACGGACAAGACGCUUGAUUGAAGCACCGACAAAGAAGACACUGGAAUACUGGUCAGGCCUGCGCAAAGCAACAGCGUCGAUUUUGAUGCAGCUCCGAGCCGGGAGAAUCGGUUUAGGGGCCUACCUGCACCGAAUCAACCGACGCGACUCAGCGCGUUGCGGAUGCGAACUAGGCAAUCAGACAGUGAGUCACGUUCUGCUCGAGUGCCCGUUGCACCAAGACGAGCGCGACUGGAUGCGAAGCGCUCUUUCCGGUCAGGGAAUCGUUCUCGAACGGGAAGAGCUCCUAACGCGGCCGGAGGCUCGCACAAUUGGGGCCGAAUUCAUGGCCAAAACCGGCCUCCUAGACCAGUUUCAGGCAGUCGAUGCUACUGCUUUAGGUGUGGAAGGAGGGGAAGAAAAACAAUGA